AUGCUCAGAGCCACUGCCAAGCUGUGCUGUGGCAUUGCCCACAAUCAUCUGCCAGGCUUGAAGGCAACAGCUGUUGCUGCAGUCCAGAAGGACAUGAAAGGGCUGGUGGCAAGAGGAUCCCAUCACCUGCCUUCCAAAGUUCCUCAUUCUUUUCAGAGGCUGAUAGGGAAGGAACCAGCUCCUGGCCCUGAGCACUCCAGAGAUAUCGGUCCCAGCCAGUUCUCCAGCAUGGAUCUCUUCUACAUCACCCAGGGAGAGAGGGCCCUGCAGUGGGCACUGAGCAUCCUGCAGCAGCACAGCAGCUGGCAGGCAGAAACCACACCGGACUCCAGUGUCACUGUGGUCAGCACUGCUGUACCUGGGCUGGGCAAGGUGUUCAGAGCAGAGGUGAUCCUGCCUGUGCCAGUGGAGCAGCUGCAGCAGGAGCUGUUUGAGAGGAUGGAACAGAUGCCCCAGUGGAACCCAACCCUCAACCAGCUGAAGGUGCUGCAGCGUGUUGGGAUGGAUACAGUGGUGACACAUGAGGUCACUGCUCCUAGCCCAGGGAACCUGGUGGGCCAGAGGGACCUGGUGGCAGGAGGGGCCCGGCCCCCUGCCUGGGCUGAAUCGAGGCUGAGCUGCAUCGUCCUGCAGCCACUGCUGGGAGAUCCUGACAGGACACACCUCAUCUGGCUCCUCAGCAUGGACCUCAAGCAGGACCAACUGAGGGUGUUUUCUCUCCCCCAGGGCUGGAUCCCCAUGGCGCUGGUUAACCGUGUCCUGCCGCAAGCCCAAGUUGAUUUCAUCAAGCACCUCCAGCAGCAUCUCUGUGCCUCCACACACCCCUGA